GGAGGAACGUGGAAGUCAAACGCAAGAUACUUGGUUAGAGGGUUGAGUUGGAUGGGAACGGACGAAGUUGGGACGUGAGGUAGGGUGCGUGUUACUUGAUUGGCUUGGUACACGCACCUGCAUGCUCAUCGGUGUGCAUGAAAUUGUCCGAACUGCCUAGGACUUAUAACUAUGCAUCACAAUGUCAACAGUGCGUUGAGAGUCUUGACGCGCCUGAGUCCCAGUUGCGCGUCAGCAUAGCUUUGUCACGCCUUGUACAAGUAUUCGUCGUACCGAAUGAUUACCACAUACACUGUACCGAAUGACUACCGCAUACGUUCUGUUGAACACUUUAUAUAAAAGCAAGCAUCCUCUUGGUCGUUGGGGAUAUAGGAGCGAGCAAGCAUAGCCUGCGACAUAACGCCAGCUGGCCUGCCUUCUUGUAGGGUUCCUUAACUCACAAAAAUAAUGGACAAAGCGGCAGUAGCUGUUUUGCAAGGCGUCAGUCUGAGCCCCAUUCCAACCUGCAGCUGCGCGAAAGGGCUGGCAGCAGGUGUUCGCAUCGUGGCCGAAAGCAUGCCAGAAAUAUUGCGCGGUUCGGCGGCACUCCUGGUUCCUAAGGAUGUUGGGUCUUCCAUGCAGCAGCGCCAGCAAACUGAAUCAACGCAAGAGCCAGGGAGUCGUUCAAAGUGGACUGUUGCAUCGUCAUCACCCAAGGACGCAAGCGCUCCUAGCCCAGACCUCGACCUUGCUUCAGGAGGUUCAACAGGCGCUCGUGAGGCACACUACCUUAUGCUCAUGGCGCUACACCAGCAGUAGUAAAAUUCCGGGAAGCCAAUGACGGAGACAAAUGCAUGUCAUCAUGGGUCGAUGCAAACUGACGGCGCUACUUUCGACAACCUGCCAGAAACCCUGCAUCUCUUUGGUGUAAUCCUAGAUUCAAAUGUAAAAAUUUCACGGUGUUGGUUCUCUGUCUCUUCAUGUCGCCUCUCACACAGACACCCAACGCUCAAAAAUGCGCUCUAUUGAAAUAUUCGGCACCCGGAGCCUCAAGAGACGGGCUUCUCCUCAGUAGCAGGGGCUGCCAAGGCCUCCUUGCUGCUGGUCGUGGUGGGGGCCGGGCUCGACGCAGCAGGCUUCGUGGCAGCCUUCGAGGAUUCACUCAUGGCAGCGUUUAUCCCCACAGCGGCAACAGCUGCCGCUCCGACCAGCAGCAGCAGCGUCUCUGUCGUAAGGAUUAAAGUGAGAGUGCAGGUCAGCUCACACCGUACGACUUAAGGCGCGUACAACAGCAACAACACAGCUUUCCGGACCCUGGAACUUACUGUCGCUGCUAGCUGGUGCUGCUGUGGUUAUUGGCGACUCAACCGCAGCCGGGGCCGGGGAGGGAGUAGGCGCGUCCUCCACCACGGGUUGCACCGCAGCUGCAGGGGCUGCCACGGCAGCGGGUUCUGGGGCCGCGACAGCCUUUACCACUGCUGGUGCCACCUCUGCCACUGCUGGCGCCACGGGGCUGGGCGCCGGCUCGGCAACCUGCACUGCCGGAGGUUGAGGCGGAGGGGCGCUCACCACCGCUGCUGGGAUGGGCUCCUCUACUACUGCUGGUGCGGGAGCUGGGAUGAUGGGCGCGGAGAAGGCCUUGGGAGCCACUGCCUCUACCUGCAGGGGUUAGGGGGAGCGAUAAUGGGUACAGCGACUGUACCAUACAGAAAAUACCUGUAACGGACAUUACCUUG